AUGGCUUGGUUCGACAAAAAUCACCAUCCUCUCACGGCGAUCCCCCAUAGCCCCGGGUCCAUGGAUUCCCGCCGAUCAUCCGAGCGACGAACAUCCUCUACCUCUACUUCGUCAGCACACUCCCACUCCUCUAUCUCCCCCAUCUCUCCAGGCCUCGCACCCAAGGUGCAAUUGGUCCCGUACGCACGAUCAGCCAGCUUCGAGGUUUCCUUCUCCGACGCCGAGCGGGAGUUGCUGGACAAGGCCAACUUUGACGCAUUGGACAUGUCAUCGCAGGACUUCGAUUUCGAAGACAUCUUCACCUUCGAUAAGCCUCAGAAGAAGUUGACCAAGGUCGUCGAAGUGUCUAGACCCACCAGAGACCAUCGGGACUGGUCAAAUUUCUCUUUUUCUCAUUAUUCCGCAGCCAUGAGUGCCAGGAAUAAGGUCAACAAGCCCAAACCGGGGAUUGGAGAGUUAUACGUGAAAAACCAAUUCGACGCACGUAAGCAUUAA